AUGCCGGCCUCACUGGGCGGUGCGGUCAGCGUAACCUCAUUACUGGCGAAGCAGUCGUUGUCGAGACAGGUGAUAGCCGUUGGCCUCCACGCGAAUGCGGCCUCCGCCCUCGCCGCGACAACGGUUCAGAUAGGAAUUCACACAUGCGUUCUCCUGCAGCGUGGCGUGACGCGACCGGAGCUCUCGGAACUCGCGAGGCAGCAGUUCUGGUACGACGCUACCACGGCGCUCACAGUGGGCGGCGCGUCUAUUGUGGGCGGCGGCUGUGGCGCGGUGGUAGGUGGUCUGCUGCUCCCUGGCGUGGGGACGGCGCUGGGUUCCCUCGCUGGCUCACUCGGCGGCGGAUUUCUGCCGUACAUGCUGCGUUGCACCGGCCCGGAGGUGCAGCGGCGGCGCGAGCUGCAGGAGCUCUCACGGUACUGCGAGACCGAGCGCCCGUUGCAAAUCGCAGAGAGCGACGGCGACUGGCUUGUCGUCUGCGAUGGCGGGAGUUGUACGCAGUGCGUGCAUUGGGAUACGAUAGAGAACGACAAUGAGUGGUGCGUGGAAGAGCUGUUCAGGGACGGCUGCAGUGGCCCCUCGAGGUGCGAGGAGGAGGCGGAUGCACAGCGGGCAGAGGCGUGGGGGGAGGGUGGAACAGAUGAGUUGGCUGCCGUCGAUCACUUUAUAGAGUUAAUCGACACGACCAUGGUGAAACAGACAGCGGAAGGCAUUGUGGAGGGGAACGAGCAGACGCUGGCCACGCGCGUGGCGCUUAGGUAG